CGAGCGGCUAACAGUGGUGAUGGGGAGGACUCCGCAGUGACUGUGUACUGUGUAGUGUUGUGGUUGUGGACAUGAUGGGGUUGUGGUUGAUCUCCGUGGUGGUGGUGACCACCGUGGUUGCCAUUGACAACACAAAAGUUACAAGGAAACACGAACAGAGACCAAAGUACACCGCGGAUCAACUGCUGCACACCAGUUAUCCCCGGAGACUUUCAGAUGAUAUCUAUAUGGAUCCUUGUAAAUCUGACGGUUUCCUGGGAGACAUCGCGCUGCCCAACGUGAGGUACGAGACUGAGUGGAGUCUGCAGAGAGCCAACAAGAGUUACCAGGAGGAGGUGGAGAAGUACAAGAAAGAAGUGCUUCACGAAGGGCUACAGGUGGAAGAGGAAGGGCUGCCGGGGCUACGUAUGAAAAAGGAGAAGGGGUUGUCCGGUAACGGAACAACCGGGGUGUUCCGGGCAGGACAGGAGAGAGCGAGGAAUAGGGCGAGGCCUCGGCACAGAAACACGACUGACUUAGCGAAGACGACGACCAUCACCACACCGACGUCGACGGCGACGACAGAGACCACGACUAGGAAGUAUCAGGGCAAGAUACUAGAGACAACCCCCGUGCCUGUUGUGAUGACAACGACAGAGACCAGCAAGGCGUCGACGAAACAAAAGACUGGUCAUAAGAAUAAGAAGAUGAGGAGACCGCACAGACAGAGGAACAAUAAUAUGGAGAAUAGAAGACGACGGAACAGAAGGAGAAAGAAACAGAAGCAAGGGGAGGGUCGACAGAAGACCACGCCGGCGCCGACGGAGGCUCCUAGUCAGCUGAUGACGCCACGACGUCGUGUCGCGCGCGCCGCCACCGCUAGGAAGGAACGAGUCUGGGACUACGGCGUCAUCCCGUACGAGAUUGACGGCAACUUCAGCGGCGCACACAAGGCGCUCUUCAAACAAGCGAUGAGGCACUGGGAGAACUUCACUUGCGUCAAGUUUGUGGAGAGAAACGCUCCAGAACACCCCAACUAUAUAGUGUUCACGGAGCGCCCGUGCGGAUGCUGCUCGUUCGUGGGCAAGCGCGGCAACGGACCGCAGGCGAUCUCCAUCGGCAAGAACUGCGACAAGUUCGGCAUCGUAGUGCACGAGUUGGGCCACGUGGUCGGGUUCUGGCACGAACACACACGUCCUGACCGCGACAACCACGUACAGAUUGUGCGGGACAACAUCAUGGCAGGACAAGAGUACAACUUCAACAAACUGACAGAAGAUGAGGUUAACUCUCUGGGUCUUCCCUAUGACUAUGACUCCAUCAUGCACUAUGCCAGAAACACAUUCUCUAAGGGUACAUACCUGGACACCAUCCAGCCCAUAGACUACUCCAGGGGAGGUUACAAGCGGAGGCCAGAGAUUGGUCAGAGAAUCAGACUCAGUGAGGGAGAUAUUGCCCAGACUAACCUGCUCUACAAGUGCUACCGAUGCGGUCGCACCUAUCAGGAGAACUCAGCUGUGAUCACGUCACCAGACUAUGAGCUGCAGCACACCGGCCUAUCAGAGGAGAGUCUCGGACAUCGCUGUGAGUGGCGCAUCACUGCCACCCACGGAGAGAUGAUUGUCCUCAACAUAACCGACCUCGACAUCCUCAAGUCAGACAACUGCCGCACAGACUACAUUGAGAUCAGAGAUGGUUACUGGCAUAAGUCUCCUUUACUAGGCCGCUACUGUGGCAGUGGUCGUAUCUAUGAGCCAAUAGUAUCGGCCGGCAGUCGCAUGCUCAUCACCUACAUCACUUCAGGCACAUCGGAGCACCGAGGCUUCAAGGCAAUCUAUGAAGCGGUGUGUGGGGGCGGAGAGAUACAGAUUGAUGAGGAGUGGCGCUCUCUCGAAUCUCCCAACUAUCCAGAGGACUAUGAGCCUAACAAAGAGUGUGUUUGGGUACUCGCAGCCCCCCAAGACUACCAAGUGGCACUCAAGUUCCAGUCUUUUGAGGUGGAGAACCAUGACAACUGUGUGUAUGACUAUGUGGAGGUUAGAGACGGGCCUUCUCAAGAUAGUCCCUUGCUUGGAAAAUUCUGUGGCUACAAACUACCUCCAGAUCUUCAUUCCUCCGGCAACAAACUGUUCAUCAAGUUUGUGUCUGACAGCUCUGUGCAGAAAGCAGGCUUCUCAGCUGUCUUCAUGAAAGAGUUUGAUGAAUGUUCUUUGCUGGACCACGGGUGUGAACAUCACUGUAUAAACACUCUCGGAGGAUAUGAGUGUGCCUGUAAAAUUGGCUACGAACUUCAUUCUGAUGGUAGACAUUGCGAAGAUGCUUGUGGUGGGGUUAUAGAUGCCUCUAAUGGAACCAUCACCAGUCCCUCAUUCCCAGAACUCUACCCAACCAACAAGAUCUGUGUCUGGGAGAUCAUUGCUCCUCCUCAGUACCGCAUCACCCUCAACUUCACCCACUUUGAUCUUGAAGGAAACAAUGUAAGUCAAGAGUGUGAGUACGACAGUGUGGAGGUCCACAGCAAGAUGUCUGCAGAUGUUCUUCGUCGUCACGGCGUGUUCUGCGGCUCAAGGCUGCCUCCUCUCGUCACUUCUGAAGGCAACUCUCUGCGUAUAGAGUUCAGCUCGGACAACUCUGUGCAAAAGUCUGGUUUUGCUGCUGUCUUCUUUACAGAUAUGGAUGAGUGUGCGACAGACAAUGGAGGAUGUCAACACGAGUGCCGCAACACCAUUGGUUCAUACUCGUGCUGGUGCCACAACGGGUUCACUCUCCAUGAGAACGGCCACGACUGCAAGGAGGGAGGCUGCAAGUACGAGCUGACUGCCCCGGUGGGAACCGUGUCUUCUCCUAACUACCCUGACUACUACCCCAGCCGCAAGGAUUGUGUCUGGCACUUUACUACCACGCCUGGCCACAGAAUUAAACUGUUGUUCACGGAGUUUGAGAUGGAGCCUCAUCAGGAAUGUGCGUAUGAUCACAUUGUGUUGUAUGAUGGAGACUCGACUGACUCUCAUAUCCUGGGUCGCUUCUGUGGCUCCAAGGUCCCUCACCCCAUCAUAGCCACCACCAACCAGAUGUUUAUGGUGUUCAAGUCUGAUGCAUCUGUACAGCGCAAGGGCUUUGUAGCCACUCAUACCACAGUGUGUGGAGGUCACUUGCAAGCUACAAGUCGAGUGAAGCAUUUGUACUCCCAUUCCAAGUAUGGAGACCACAACUACGAGAAUCGGGCGGACUGUGAUUGGUCCAUCGAGGCUCCUCCAGGCAAGAAUGUUCAUCUGACGUUCCUCACAUUUGAGGUGGAGGAUGAGCAGGACUGUGGUUACGACUUUGUGGAGGUCUACAGUGGUCUAGACGCUAGUGGACCCUCCUACGGUCGUUUCUGUGGCAACUCUAAUCCAACGGAUAUAGUAUCUGUCAAUGAGGCUCUCCUGGUCCGUUUCCACUCGGAUGACACAAUUGUCAGUAAAGGAUUCUCCGCAUCUUACAAGGCUGUGGAGCCAAUCAACAGCGACGAGACUCCUUACAACUUUCACGAUGAAGAUGACGAUUUCUAGAUAAUACAUAUCUAUCUCAGUGUUCAAACUAUCUCAAAGGGAUGAAGAAGGCUUUUAAGAUAGCAAUGUUAUUAUCAUAACCUAAUGUGGAAAAGUAAAUCUUCCAAACACAAACCUAAUCUACAAGGUGAACUCCUUGUGAGACCUUAUAAUAUUUUCUGUAUACCUUUAACAAUAACCAGACUGCCCCUGGACAUCAUAGACUAACUUAUUUGAAGUUAAAGUUUUUUU